AUGAAGGUUGUUGUUUUUGCUCUCUUUGUUGUUGGUGCCUACGGGUGUGGCCUGCCCACCUUCCCUCCUGUGGUGACCAGGGUGGUUGGAGGAGAGGAUGUCAGGCCUCACAGCUGGCCCUGGCAGAUUUCCCUGCAGUACAACAGACAGGGCGAAUGGAGACACACCUGUGGAGGUACUCUGAUUUCCAACCAGUGGGUCCUCACUGCUGCUCACUGUAUCAGCAAAGGCAGGGAGUACCGAGUGGCCAUGGGAAAGCACAACCUGAUACAGACAGAGGACGCUGCUGUGUUCAUGGGCACCGCUAACAUUGUCGUGCAUGAGAAGUGGAACCCCUUCUUCAUCCGUAAUGACAUCGCCCUGAUCAAGCUGGAGUCCCCCGUCACCUUCUCCGACAGCAUCACGGCUGCUUGUCUCCCUUCUGCUGGCUUCCUCCUCCCCCACAACGAGUCCUGCUACGUCACUGGAUGGGGCCGCGUGUACACCGGAGGUCCCAUUGCUGAUAUCCUGCAGCAGGCCCUCCUGCCCGUGGUGGACCACGCCACCUGCACCAAGCGUGACUGGUGGGGUACUCAGGUGAAGGACACCAUGGUCUGUGCCGGUGGAGAUGGAGUUGUGUCUGGCUGCAACGGUGACUCUGGCGGCCCUCUGAACUGCCAGACGACUGCUGGUGCCUGGGAGGUGCACGGCAUCGUCAGCUUUGGCUCCGGGCUCAGCUGCAAUUUCCCCAAGAAGCCCACCGUCUUCACCCAAGUCAGCUCCUACAUCGACUGGAUCAGCUCCAAAAUGGUGGCCUAUUGA